UACGGCGAAGAAAGAAACAUGAGCGGUGACUGAAGCGUGUUUAUAGCCAAGAUUAAUGUUGCAGAACCGGUUGUGCUAUAUAUAUCAAGUUGCAUAUUCAAAUUAUAAUGUCCCCAUUUAAUCAACCGUAGACCAAGCACUUUAAUUCGAGUGAGGGAUAUGGUCGAGGUUAGGGUUUGGAUUAGAAGCAAUAAGUGUUUGAAGAUGUGACGUUGGCGUUAAGAAUCGCAGCAAUUAACCUUGCGGUAAACUGAACACAAUAGAGUGUUAUUAUACGGUUUAUUACCCAUUUUCAACAAUCCCAUUGAUUUUCAUUUGUUCUCGUUCACACAGCCACUUCGAUCCGAUCAAUAAGUUCCCGUUUGUCGCCGAUACAAACCGUCUGCGCGCCGUUUUCCCUCGAAUAACCUAAGAAAUUCGACACCGAUGCCUUUUUUGACGGGUGCAAUAAAUUAAAACAGUUUAUCUCCUCGUUGUAAAUCACCCCCGGCUGUCCAAACGUUGGUAGUGUACCACGCAGCAGAGUGUUUGUGAUUGCGAUUAAAUUCCUCUGAAUCAUACCGAUAUUAAAGGCCUAAUGUUUUGGAAUUUUCUUUUACAUUGAUCAAGGCAAAUAUCAUGUGAUUAUGGUCCGGAAACCCCUAGGAAACCGGCAUAAGUCGUAGUGAUCGCGAAGUAUAACAUUUUUUUCGAAAUGAAAUUGAUUCCAGUGACGUACCACGGCUUCACCGCCAUGGAUAAGAGGUUUUCCAGCCCCAUGCUGCCUUGGAUAGUGUCGGAAAUCAGGAAGAGAGGGUACAGCGAAAAGUUGAGUCUGGGUGUGGAGGAAGGUAUCCUGCAGGCUUACAACCAGGAUUUCGAGUUGCAAUUUGCUCACAAAGUUUCCCAAAUGACGAGGUUUUCCCAGGCCGACUUGGACCCGUGCACCUUUCUAUACCUCCUCAGGGACGACUAUGAGAACCUCCUCUAUUGCUACCUGUUCCAAGCCAAGAAAAUUGCCGAUGUGACCGAUUUGUAUAAACAAAUGAAGGAGCAAAACCACGCAACGCCUACUAGGUCGAUAAGCAGUGCCGCCAAUCUAACUUCGCUCUGUGUGGAUAUCUCGCCUAGUUCUAGCAACUUUUUCGAGGUUUUAUACAUAGGAAAAAUCAAAGUAUGGCAAAAGAAAGUUCCGGAAACUUUCAUAGAUGACGCUUUAGAGAAAUUCAAAGCCCACGAAUUGGAAAAGAACCGUUUGAGACAGCUUAGCAACAUUGGACGUCUUCAGAGCGAAGACAAUAUCGUUAGAAGGGGUUCUGCCGAUUCGUCCACCAGCGAGGACAGCCUUAGCAUUUCUGCGCCUUCCGUACCUCCGCUUCUCCGUUCUCAAUCAGCACACUCGAAUUUGCUCAUAAAACCCCUAGAUGUAAGCAGGAAGCUUCCCGAGAGGAUAGAAAGCGAGGCCAUCUCCCAGCCGGAAUCAGAACAGGAAAAGACAAAUGCUCAAAGUACUUCUAACUCCAGCGACGAGUCCACCAGCAGUCAAAGAGACGUUCGCCAGCCCAAAGAUGCCAAGACUUCAGUAAAUAUAGACGAUCACAACCGCACAAUGGUACUGCAAGUUGACAGGACAGAUUUGAGACUCAUCAGUCCAGAUAGGAAAGUGAUAUUGUUGCAUAAACAUCACAAAGAUGUCACCACUUGCGUUCAGGGUCAAAUUCGAGCUGAGCAUUUUGGCUUUAUUUGUAAAGAAGGCAACACUUCCCAGACGUAUAUGGCGUUUAUUUUCAAAUGCGAAUCUCCAUCGAUAGCCAGUGACGCUUGUGCCGCGAUUACUCAAGCUUUCUUAAGUGCAGAAUCUAGGCCAAGGAAUUCUCUUACGUCUUGUGAACAUUGUCCUAUGGUUUGGUACCAUAAGCUUUGUGUGGAAAUCGAACACAUGUCGGAUAGAAAGACACAGGCAGCCAUUUUAAGAAGAUUAGAACAGCUGGACGAGGAAGAACAAUCGAUCAUUCUGACCAAAUUCAGGGGAGCAGAGACAGAUUCGGUUAGGGAACAAAAUGAGUUUCUCAUGAUGCUGCUUAGGGCGCAUUGCGAGAUGAAGCAAGGUCGUCAUGUUCAUGACACCGCUGAGAAUAGAUCUGAAUUUUUAAACCAGUACCUGGGUAGCAGUACAAUAUUUACAAAAGCCAAACGGUCUCUAACAAACUCUUUCGACCAGCUUUUGAAGAGAAAGGGAUCUAGAGACGAUUUUGGUUCGACAUUAAAAGGAAUGAACUUGCCUAUAACCAAUAAUUUGAACAGAGAAUCCUCGCCACAUUCUCCCGUCCCGAGCAUCGCCGACAUCUCGGACAAAGAAUCCGAAGGUACCCGAUCGCGAUCUUCAACGAUAGGUUCUCAAAGUGACCUUAAGGAUCACCUCUCGAUUAGAGAACAAGGUCACAAAGGUUCCGUGUCGCCAGAUAGGAGUAUCGGUUCAGAGAAAGGGGUUAAGUCACCUAUGAUGGACAUCUUUUUGAAGGUGGGAAACAGUCCUAAAUCCAUAACUUCAGAAGAAGGUAGUCCCAAUAAGUUAGACGCGGGGUCUUGGAGACAGGCGAUAUUUAAAAGAGUUAUGACCCCGAACAAGCAGGAAAAAGUAGAAGAGCCGACCAGGAAUAGGACGAAGGAAGAGUUGAGGAUAUUGUGGAAGAAAUCUAUAUAUCAGGCUAUAUUGUUGGUCCGUAUGGAAAAAGAAAACGCCAGGAUAAGGGCCAAGCAAGAGGAAUCCGCCGUGAAGAGGAUAAAAUUGGAGUACGACGAGAUGAAACCCACUCAAAGAGAGGUAAUGGAUGUUUGGGAGAUGGUUACUAAUAAAGACGUAGGGAGGGUCAAAUGCGAUAAACAAAUGUUAUUGCACGCUAUAAGACAAGGUGUGCCCAGAGGCAAACGUGGUGACGUUUGGCAAUUCCUUGCUGAACAGUUUUGCGCUAAAAUCCCUCCAAUCGAUACCACAAAAUAUCCCAACUACAACACCCCAUACGAGACUCUCUUACGGCAGUUAACGUCGCAUCAACAUGCUAUACUUAUUGACCUAGGUCGUACUUUUCCAAAUCAUUCAUACUUUAGCAGUCCUUUAGGACCUGGUCAGCUGGCACUCUUUAAUCUGUUGAAAGCAUAUUCUUUGUUGGAUCCCGAAGUUGGUUAUUGUCAGGGUUUGAGUUUUGUAGCAGGUGUUCUUCUCCUACAUAUGGAAGAAUCCCAAGCAUUUUUCGUUCUACGCCACUUGAUGUACCGAAGAGGUCUUCGUAAGCAGUACCUGCCUGACAUGAUGUGCCUUCAGAUAAAGCUGUACCAACUGUCAAGACUGGUUCAUGACCAGUUGUCCGAUUUGUACAAUCACUUCGACUUCUACGAAGUUGCUCCCACGUUAUAUGCGGCACCUUGGUUGCUAACUGUCUUCGCCUCGCAAUUCCCUCUUGGUUUUGUCACCAGAGUAUUUGACCUGAUGUUUUUGGAAGGUCCCGACGUUAUAUUCCGCGUUGCCUUAGCCCUCCUUUCUUACCACAGAGACAAACUGUUGCUGUGUGAUAGUUUCGAGGAAAUAAUGAACUAUAUAAAAGUCCAAAUCCCAAACAUCGACAAACCCAUCUUGGACAAAAUAAUGAAACAAGUGUACACAACAGAUAUUACGAAGCAGCUGGAAGAAUAUAAAGUGGAAUAUCAAGUCCUGCAGGAAGAAAUGUCGUCCGUGCAGCCUCAGGUAGAGGCCUUGCACAAAAUGGAGGCUCAAAACAAGACCUUGACCGAACAGAAUAAAGCAUUGAUGAGCCAGUUGGAGCUGGCCUUGGCGAACGUUCAACGUCUUGAAAAAACUAGAGUAUUACUGCAAUCACAGCUGAAUCGUUUGGAGAUGCAGAGCAGAGCCCAAGACGUCACCAUAGCCACUCUGGGCAACUUCAUAAAUAAUCUAGUGGAACAGAAAGUUGACGUCGAGAUUCCCGAUGACGUGCGCAGGAUACUAUCCCAGAUAACGUUCACUGAACGGCGCAAAAGCGAGUUCAAACCGCAGCAAAAUAACUUGAUGAAGAUGUUCCAAAAGGCGUCGGAGACGCUACCAGAUAAUAAGGUGAUGGUUAAGUCUCUAAGCACCGGGAAAAUAUCCAUACCAAACAUCGUGGACCAGAACAUGUUCCGUACGAACAGUCUGAACGCUCACGCUGUCAACAAUCCCGAGUUAAAAACUCAGUCGCAAAGCAACUCUACGGAGAAAAUGUCAAAGUUUUUUUCCAGUUCGCAUAAUAAUAUUUUGCAACAAAGACUCAAUGCUCAAAACACCGUUAAUAGUACGAUGAGCUGCGGUGCUAAAAUCGACAUUAAGAUCCAAGACGUCGAAAACGAACCAAGCACAAAGAAUGUUGCUAACGAGAAGCCUGUGAGUUUGCCAUUGGAUUUCGACACCAGUAAAGUAUCGCCUACUAACUCGUCGGAUAGUGGCGUCGAUACCCCUCUCAGUCCAAAGACAAUCAGCCACCACCCCCUAAGCAACUGUGAUGUCACCUUUACCUACAACGGUACCAGAGAGCUUAAAAAUAUUAGGAGCAUAAGGAAUUUAUCGAGGAAUUCUAGUCCAGAUAUUAUAGGGAAAUGAUUUUUUAAGUGAUUUUGCUUUAAGAAGUGUGAUAUUAUCUUUAGUUUGUCGAAAUUAGGUUAUAUCAUUAUUUAGUAUUGUUUACAGGGCUUUUAUUCAUGGUGCUGUUUCUCGUCUAGUCUCGUAAUAUCAAAUCUUCCAGUUUUUUCCUUAAAUGAAUCAUUGAACCAUUCUAAAUUAUAUAAGUGAGGUUAGAAAACAACCUUCAAAUAACCUUACUUUUGUUUGAAGGUUGUUUUCUAACCUCACUUAUAUAUUCUUUGUAUCAUGGUCUAUACAACCGGUAUAUUGGGGACAUCCCUAAUGCCUACUUGCUUUUUGAGCUAGAUGAGAAUGUGAACUUGAACCAAAUAUUCUAAUUUUGAAAUUAAACUCGAAUUUCUCCAAUCUUGGUACGAAUUUUCAUGACAAAAAAAUUCUCGAGAUCCAUUAACAGUUGAGAUUAUGUUAGAAAAUUUUAUAUUCGGUGAGGGAAAGUGAUUCUUACUCCUAGUAAUAAGUGAUAUUAUUUGUAUUGUUCAGUACGUUAUUUGAGAUUAAUUUGUACUUAAUCCGAAAUGUUAUUGAUUGUAUUGUACUUUUAAGUAUUUUAUCGUAAUUUUCAAUUGUAUAUUUUAUAUUACUAUAUCUUAUUUUUUGUGAUUUUGUGAAAUGUAUAGUGA